AUGACGGACGAGAUUGAAAGAUACGUACAAGAUGAAGAACCAGAAGAGAAGAAAUCAAAUACAUUAAAAAUUAAUGAAGAAAAAGAUGAGAAGAAAUCGAAUGUAUUUAAAGUUGAACAAGAUAAAGUUGAGAAGAAAUUCAAUGUAUUAAAAGAUGAACAAGAAAAAAUUGAGAAGAAAUUCGGUAUAUUAAAAGAUGAUCAAGAAAAAAUCGAGAACAAAUUUGAUAAAUCAAAAGAUGAUCAAAAAAAAAUUGAGAACAAAUCAAAUAAAUUAGACGAUGAUGACGAAUAUGAUUUUAUUACAGUACCACCAGAUGGAGGUUUUGGUUGGAUUGUUGUUUUGGCAUGUUGCAUUAUUAAUUUGAUUCUUGAUGGUUUUUUUUUUUCAUUUGGUAACAUAUCAGACAAGGUUCAAUCUUAUUUUCAAGCUCAAGAAUGGGCUGUAUCACUCGUUAUUUCAUUAGCUUGUGGCUUUUAUAUGCUUAGUGCUCCAUUAGCUUCUGCUUUAUGUAAUAAAUGGGGUUGUCGUCGAGUUGGUAUUAUUGGAAGUGUUAUUGCUGCAUUCUCUGUUGCAGCAUCGAUACUCUCACCAAAUAUUGUGGUGAUGUGGUUAUUAUUCGGUUUGAUUGGUGGUAUUGGUAUGGGUUUGAUUUAUUUACCAAGUCUUGUCAUGGUUGGAUAUUAUUUUGAAGAAAAACGUGCUAUUGCAACAGGUAUUGUUACGGCUGGUACGGGUAUUGGUACGGUUGCAUUUUCACCUUUUAUAAAAUUAUUAUUUAAUUUAUUUGGUUGGAAAACGGGUUUAUUCCUGGUAGCAAUUAUAAUUCUUUGUUGUGCUAUUUGCUGUGCAUUUAUGCGUCCUUUAACACCAGUACGAAAACGGCGUAUUUUACCGCCGCCUGAAGAAAUCGAAGAUACUGUGCAAAAAAUCAUGACACCAACAUCUUCAAUCAAAGGAGGAAAACUUACACCAGCAACUUCAAUCAGAGGAGGAAAACUUACACCAGCAACUUCAAUUAGAGGAGCAAAAGUUACACCAACAAUUGUCAUAAUACCAUCGCCACAUGAUGAAGAUUCAACUUUAACCGAUAUGGCAUUGGAAGACGAUAUUAAAAAACGAUGUCGAACUGAAUCAGGUGUAUCAAAUAGAUCACGACAGAGUAUUAGAGCUGAAGAUGCUGUUCGUCCCUUAUAUAAAGAAGAUGUACUCUAUCAAGGUGAUACAAGAAAUUUACCUGAAUUUCAAUCUCAACCUGACAUACCUACAUAUAUUCAACAAACAACAAAAGUUCCUGAAGCAGUUGAAGAAACUAAAAUGAAAGCAUUUUGGGAUGCACUUCGUACUAUGACAAAUUUUCAUCUUUUACGUGAUAAGAAGAUUAUUAUUAUUUGUGUGGUAAGUCAUAAUAACAAAAUA